CGCAAAGAUUGAGCGUGGUGAACCAGAGACGUCAAGAGCAGAGGGAGGGGGCCGAUGGCGCCGGUGGUGACCGCUGCACUAGGCGCAUUGGGUCCCCUGCUGGCAAAGCUCACGGAUCUGCUCGCCAAAGAGUGCGGCCGGCUGAAAGGUGUCCGCCGCCAGAUCCGCUCCCUCCGAUCUGAGCUUACCAGCAUGCAUGGUGCUCUCAGAAAGUACACAAAUCUAGUGGAUCCUGAUGAGCAGGUGAAGGAAUGGAUAUCUCUAGUCAGGGAGUUGGCCUAUGAUACUGAGGAUUGCUUUGACAAGUUCAUUCAUCACCUUGGUGAUGGUGGGCCCCAAGAAGCUGGCUUCAAGGAGUUCUUCCGCAAGAUGGCUCGUCGUCUGAAAACUCUUGGAGCUCGGCAUGGGAUCGCCAACCAAAUUGAUGACCUGAAUCUUCGUAUCAAGGAAGUGAAAGAGCUCAAGACUAGCUACAAGCUCGAUGAUGUUGCUGGUAGCAGCUCUGGUAAUGCAGCCGUGGAUCCCCGUCUGGCUGCUCUUUUUGCUGAAGAGGCACAUCUUGUGGGUCUUGAUGAUCCAAGAGAUGAUCUUGCCAAGUGGGUUAUGGAAGAUGAAAACAAGCAUGGUCGCAAGGUGUUAUCGAUUGUUGGGUUUGGUGGAUUGGGAAAGACAACACUUGCGAAUGAGGUCUCUCGCAAGAUUCGAGGGCAUUUCGAUUGUCAUGCUUUUGUGUCGGUCUCCCAGAAGCCAGAUACAAUGAAAAUUAUCAAGGAUGUCAUCUCUCAAGUGUCUUACAGCGAUGAAUUCAAGAAAGAUAUUGAGACUUGGGAUGAAAAGAAAUCCAUUUCAAAGCUAAGAGAACUUUUAAAAGAAAAAAGGUAUCUUGUUAUCAUUGAUGACAUAUGGUCUACAGUAGCAUGGGAUGCUAUCAAUUGUGCAUUUCCAGAGAACAACUGUUCUAGCAGAAUUGUAGCUACUACACGUAUAUUGGAAGUAGCUAGCUCUUGUUGUCCAGGCCCUGAUGACCAGAUCUAUGAAAUGAAACCUCUAAGUGAUCCUCACUCUGAAAGACUAUUUUUCAGAAGAAUCUUUGGCUCAGAGAAUUGCUGCCCUCACAUGUUUAUUGAAGUCUCAAAAGCUAUCUUGAAAAAGUGUGGAGGCCUACCAUUGGCAAUUAUCAGUAUAUCUGGUUUACUAGCAAACAGACCACGUGUCAAAGAAGAGUGGGAGAAGGUAAAAAGAUCAAUUGGUUCUGAUUUGAACAAAAGCCGAAGUCUUGAAGGAAUGAAGAACAUACUAUCCUUGAGCUAUAAUGAUCUUCCACCACACCUCAAGACUGUCUUGUUGCACUUAAGUAAUUUCCCUGAGGAUUACGUGAUUGGCAGAGAAAGGUUGGUGAGGCAAUGGAUUGCGGAAGGCUUUAUUACUGAAGAGCGUGGGAGGAGCUGUCAAGAGGUUGCAGAAAGUUAUUUUUACGAGCUUAUCAACAAAAGCCUGGUCCAACCAGUGGACAUUCUUUAUGAUGGGAAGGUGCAAGCCUGUCGAGUUCAUGACAUGAUGCUUGAACUUAUUAUUUCAAAAUCCAUUGAAGAAAAUUUCAUCACUGUGGUGAACAGCAGUCAAACUGCUUGGGGAAAUUCUCAGUGUUCUAUUCGACGAUUGUCGAUCCAGGACAUUAACCAGGAACUUGCAUCUGAAUUGGCAAAGAAAGAUCUAAGCCAUGUCCGAUCUCUUGUAAUAACAGCAUCAGGUUGCGUAAAAUACUUGCCAAGUCUUACUAAGUUUGGAAGUUUGCGUGUACUAGAUUUUGAGGGUUGCCGUGGCCUGGCGGAGUAUGAUAUGGAUGGUAUGGAAAACCUGUUCCAGCUAAAGUACCUAAGCUUUAGGGGAACGGGCAUAUCAGAGCUACCAUCUGCAAUUGUGAAACUACAUGAUCUAGAGACGCUAGAUUUAAGGGGUACAUACAUCUAUGACUUGCCUUCUAAAAUUGUUCAGCUCACUGAACUACAACAUCUGCCCAUUGAAAGCGCAUAUCAGACCCAUGAUGUAAUGAUACCAAUUGGGAUUGGGAAUAUGACAAACUUAAGGGAGAUCUCAGGCUUCGAUAUUACCAUGGGUUCAGUAGGUGCAGUGAAGGAGCUAGGGAGCCUGAUCAAUUUGAAGGUACUCCAUGUACAGUGUGAAGAAUCUCAAGAGUACAAGAGGCAUGCAGAGAUGUUUCAUUCCUCACUAUGCAAGUUUGGCAGCUACAAACUCCAGUCCUUGCGGAUAAAUGGUGAUAAUUCAUAUCUAUUUGAGUUAUUAGAUUCCUGGUCUCCUCUUCCAUCUUGCCUCCAAAGAUUUGAGAUGGCCACCUCGUACUGUUUCUCAAAACUGCCAAAGUGGAUUACUCCAGCACUCAACAGUCUUGCAUACAUAGACAUUAAUUUAAGUGUAAUAACAAAGGAGGUUAUUGGCAUGCUUGGAGAACUCCCUGCAUUACUUUCUCUGAAUCUUUAUACCAACACGGUCCAUAAAGACAGGCUUGUUUUGCAAGCGAGAGGAUUCCAAUGUUUGAAGGAGUUGGUUUAUGAACCUUUUGGUGAAGGUGCAGGGGCCCUUGUAUUUGAGAAAGGGGCAUUGCCAAAGCUCGAGAAGCUUGACAUGUGGUUCUCUGUAUCAAUGGCAAAGGCCUAUGGGUUCUACUUAGGUCUUGAGCACCUCCCAUAUCUGAAAGAUGUACGAGUUGUUCUUCAGAAGCGGGGUGCCACAUCUUCUGAAGUUGACGCUGCUGCAACUGCCAUAAUGAAGGAAGCAAGGCUCCAUCCCAACCAUCCCAGGUUAACUCUCCCUAAAGCAUGAAAGAUUGAGGGGAGGUAUGGCUACUUCUAUUAUUAGGAAAUUUA